UGAUGAUGAUGAUGAUGAUGAUGUCCGGAGCCCAUUUGGGCUCAAGCAAAACGAACAGGUCCGUAAAGCUGCCGAUAUCGAACUGCGCUUUCAUCAACAUAUUGCGUACAGCUUCCACCUCCAGAGCACGAAUGGCGGAUUUCCAUGUGGCAUUAUGCAUGAUGGGGUUUGUAGCUGCUGUUUCCAGCGAGCACGCAGACAUGCAGCUUAUGCAGAUGCAACAGGCUGGCGUGUUGCACGGCAGUGGAAUCUGGAUGCCGCAGCAGGGUUGCCACACCUCGGUUGAGGGUGAUGAGUGUUUCGACAAGGUCAUGUGGGCGAUGCGGACGGGCAUCCAGCAGCACCCAGAGUACUACCUUCCUCUGACGAGAAAUUCCAGCUUCGAGGACUUCCAGCAACACUUGCACGGCACAGCCAGGCUCUCCGGCGUGUGCCCCAAGCCAUGUGCAGCGCCGAAGUCAGAGGAGCAAGCGCCUGCACCGGCAGCGGAGUGCCGCACCAGCGUCACGGGCGACGAGUGUUUCGACAAGGUCAUGUGGGCGAUGCGGACGGGCAUCCAGCAGCACCCAGAGUACUAUCGCCCUCUGACGAGAAAUUCCAGCUUCGAGGACUUCCAGCAACACUUGCACGGCACAGCCAGGCUCUCCGGCGUGUGCCCCAAGCCAUGUGCAGCGCCGAAGUCAGAGGAGCAAGCGCUUGCACCGGCAGCGGAGUGCCGCACCAGCGUCACGGGCGACGAGUGUUUCGACAAGGUCAUGUGGGCGAUGCGGACGGGCAUCCAGCAGCACCCAGAGUACUAUCGCCCUCUGACGAGAAAUUCCAGCUUCGAGGACUUCCAGCAACACCUGCACGGCACAGCCAGGCUCUCCGGCGUGUGCCCCAAGCCAUGUGCAGCUGCAGCGCCGAAGUCACAGCAGCGAGCUGAGCAGCAGGUCGGAACUCCAGCGCCAACAGUAAUCCAAUUGGAUGACCUACUCGUUUCAACCUACCCUGGAUACGUGCAAAGCGGCCAAAAUUGCGAGUGCGGAGCAGAGAUCAAAGCCUAUUCGGAAGAGUUCGAGACUCUCGAGUUAUGUGCCUCGGAGUGUUCCUUGUACCCAAACUGCAAGUCCAUUGGUCUUCACCCCUUCCUGUCAGUCUGGAAAGGCGGGUGCUAUCUUUACGAUGCAGAGUGUGGGUCAACGAAUGGGCAUGACUCCAACACCACCUGUGCCAAUCCAAUCCCGCAAGGAGCCCUUAGUGUCAACUUCAACAGGAUACCGACCCCUGCGCCCACUCCUGCACCUACGUCUUCAGUUGAGCCGUGCGACGUCACCGAUGGAUCGUCUCCGAGCUCUUUCUACCCGUGUCAGUGCGGGCCUGACAUGUGCGUUACAAACGAGGUCUGCUCAGGUGACAGGCGAGGCUUUUCGUGUUCUCCUCCGGGCAUUCUGAAGGUAGAGUGGCCGUGCCUGACGACUUCUAUCGGCAGCCCUUACUUCGUGUUUUACGGGAGCAGUGCAAGCGGAGCGCCAGUGUACAGCAACACCGACGGCAAUUACAUAUAUUGGGACUAUUCGUGUGAUGGCAUCGACCGGCCUCUGAAGUACGCACAGCCGCGGUGGAUUCUGGACUCUGAAGAACCAAACAUGACAGCAACUAUGGAUUUAGAUUCUGAUGCGGGCUGCGCUUAUUUCGGGCAUCAUGGUAGUUCAGAUUCUAAUGGUGUCCCAUUGGGGAACACAACUUGGUUGGUGGCAUGCGACGGCCAAGGCCUCAACAUGACGGUGACGAUCACUUACGAGGAGAUCCUCCCGACUCCGUCGCCGACGAUGGAGCCCGGGGCACCGUGCGUUUGUGACGACGCGUGCGGCUCGUUUUCUUACCUUGAUUUGGAUGGUGAUGAGUGCCUUGUGGAAGCGGAGGUGAACAAGGACGAGAAUCUCAACGGGCACUUUACCGAGAUGGACGAGAACGGGGAUGGAUGCGUGACCCAGGCAGAGUGUGGCAAUUCUCCAUACUCGAAAGACAUGUCUAGGUUCCCAAUCGGGGGUCCCGCUGAGUGUGACUACGGAUACUACUUUCUGGAGGGCACCAGCGUCUGCCAGCAGUGCACCACGGGCUCCACUCGGCGACGCCGCUCGGAGGCAUGCACUGACUGCGCCCCUGGCAAAGAAGACCUGGGCGACUUCGACAACUGCAUCUCGGGGGUAUGGCUCACCGAGCCCAUAUCAACUGGGUCCGACGUCGUCUUCGUCAACAAGGCCCUCGACGACAGCGGCCGCGUGCUGCAGAAGGGCGACGGGAUCACCAUGUCCACACGCAACCCUGGGCACUUCGAGAGACUGGUCAUCACCGACAAGAUCGGCUUCGAUGACAGCGAGAGGCUGUCGCCAUACCACGAGUCUCUGCUCCGCAGAGGUGGGCCCUUCUUUAUCCUCGACCACGGAGUGCACGCGGGGUUCAACAAGUACGACGCGAUCGUCUCGGCCUGCUCGAGCACCAACGGUGUCGGACUCAGCGAGCAGUAUCCUUGCGGAUGCGGCAUUGAAAUCUGCGAUUUCGGGUACAGGUGUGACGAGCAGUGCGCUGGGAGCAACACCGUUAUCGAUCCCUACCUAGGCAGCGGCUUCGGAGACGGCGGGUGCUGCAUUGGACCCCCAGCCUCUCCGUUGCCGACCCCGGCCCCGACGGUGUCGGCCAAGGGUGACCCGCACCUGGUCAAUCUUCAAGGCGAGCAUUUCGACGUCAACCACGGCGGCGAGUUCACUCUGCUGCGCAUCCCGCAGGCCGCUGACAGGACCGCCGAGGUGGAGCUCCAGGCCACCAUCCGCCCCGAGCACGGGAAGCCAUGCACCACGUACAUCACUGCGGUUGAGCUCUCGGGUGCUUGGUUCGGCGGUAUCGUCGUGCAGGUGCGCUCCUACCUGCGGUCGCACUCCAAGAACGAAAGCGACUCGUUCUUGGGCCUCCGAGUGAUUGAGCGGGGCGCAUCUCGCGAAGCUCCCUGGUCGAGACUCGAGGACUGGGCCGAUGGGAAGACCGCCCUGUUCGAGCAGCAGGCCCGAGAUGGCGUCACGGUGACAAUGUCCAAGUCGCAGUGGCGCACCAAGAAGGGCGUGAAGGAGGGAUUGCCGACCAUAGCUGGGGAACUUCAGGUCAUGAUGCAGAACAAGAUGAGCGAUACCUCCGCCAUGAUCAUCGUCCGUCAAGACCUACCAUUGCAGGAGCAUCUGAAUUUGGCUGUGCGGCGCUUGAGCGCACUCGGGCGUGCAGACAUUGGUGGCCUGCUUGGGUUUGAUGCGCAUGCCGAGUCGCUGGAGGAUGUCACACCUGAGUGCCAGCGUCAUAGGGACGGGUUGGACAAGAAGGCGGGCCCCAAGGCUGUGCCGAGCUGGAAGGUGAGAUGGCAGAAGAUCAAAGAGCAGCGCGCCAGCAGUCGUGCACCUGGCGGGUCGAUCAACGACAACGAGGCGGGGGCCAGCCUCGUCAACAGGGACAUGAUGUGCAUCUGCUCCGACGCGGAGCCGAGUGACGUCACGGAGGAGACCGACCGCUCCAUGAACUCCGCCAGCUUGAUCGGCGCAGGGCGCGACGGAGUCCUCGCAGAGUUCCGCACGGCCCGGCUUGCCGAGGCAACGUGGGAUUGAUGGCGGUCUGUGCGGUGUCUUGGGCGCGUCCGCCGAGCCGCCCGCCCUCGGGACGCACCGCUGACAGGCCCGCCCGCCGACCACCCGCCCCCGCUCGCCUCCGCCCCUGCGGGGCCCCCUUCCGCUCGCGGCCGCAGCGGCCUCCGGGGGGCGAGGCCCUGGAGGAGAGAUGUCCCCACAGGAUUCCCACCGCGGCUGGGUCACCGUUAACAUGUGUAUUAUGCAAGUUUUCAGUUUUUCGGCCAGCGGGUCCGCCGAUUGGGCGGAUCCGCGGGCCGAGCUUCCGCAGGGAGAGGAGAUGGAGCGCCUGCACCGGCAGCGGAGUGCCGCACCAGCGUCACGGGCGACGAGUGUUUCGACAAGGUCAUGUGGGCGAUGCGGACGGGCAUCCAGCAGCACCCAGAGUACUAUCGCCCUCUGACGAGAAAUUCCAGCUUCGAGGACUUCCAGCAACACUUGCACGGCACAGCCAGGCUCUCCGGCGUGUGCCCCAAGCCAUGUGCAGCACCGAAGUCAGAGGAGCAAGCGCUUGCACCGGCAGCGGAGUGCCGCACCAGCGUCACGGGCGACGAGUGUUUCGACAAGGUCAUGUGGGCGAUGCGGACGGGCAUCCAGCAGCACCCAGAGUACUAUCGCCCUCUGACGAGAAAUUCCAGCUUCGAGGACUUCCAGCAACACCUGCACGGCACAGCCAGGCUCGCCGGCGUGUGCCCCAAGCCAUGUGCAGCUGCAGCGCCGAAGUCACAGCAGCGAGCUGAGCAGCAGGUCGGAACUCCAGCGCCAACAGUAAUCCAAUUGGAUGACCUACUCGUUUCAACCUACCCUGGAUACGUGCAAAGCGGCCAAAAUUGCGAGUGCGGAGCAGAGAUCAAAGCCUAUUCGGAAGAGUUCGAGACUCUCGAGUUAUGUGCCUCGGAGUGUUCCUUGUACCCAAACUGCAAGUCCAUUGGUCUUCACCCCUUCCUGUCAGUCUGGAAAGGCGGGUGCUAUCUUUACGAUGCAGAGUGUGGGUCAACGAAUGGGCAUGACUCCAACACCACCUGUGCCAAUCCAAUCCCGCAAGGAGCCCUUAGUGUCAACUUCAACAGGAUACCGACCCCUGCGCCCACUCCUGCACCUACGUCUUCAGUUGAGCCGUGCGACGUCACCGAUGGAUCGUCUCCGAGCUCUUUCUACCCGUGUCAGUGCGGGCCUGACAUGUGCGUUACAAACGAGGUCUGCUCAGGUGACAGGCGAGGCUUUUCGUGUUCUCCUCCGGGCAUUCUGAAGGUAGAGUGGCCGUGCCUGACGACUUCUAUCGGCAGCCCUUACUUCGUGUUUUACGGGAGCAGUGCAAGCGGAGCGCCAGUGUACAGCAAC